AAGGCGGCCCAACAACAACAAGGAAGGAGAGGAAGGGGAAAGGGCGGAGGAAAUCCCUGGGUCGGCCACGAUGGCUUCUCGGCUGCAGCUGCCGGACGACGACUCGGUGGUCCUCCGCGUCACCCAUGCCAACGUCAAGAGCUUCUCCGCAGACGUCCGCUUCUCCCUCGAGAUGACCGUGGAAUCCGUAAAGGAGAAGCUGUGGAAGAAGUGCGGCACCGCCGUCGACUCGAUGGUCCUCGAGCUCUACGACGAUGCCGGAUCCAAGGUCUGCGACCUCAGCGACGCGACAAGGCCGUUCGGCUUCUACUCUCCCCAGGACGGGUACCGCUUGCACAUUAUUGAUCUUGAUCCGUCUUCAGUAACUUCUGGUGGCUGGUUGGAAGACACUUCGUUGGUCGAGAAAUAUACAAUAUCUGAAGACGCAUAUAAUAAACUUGAUAACAAUUUCAGGAAGUUUAAGGAAAAGAUGGUAUCUCAAAAUCCGAUGGCAAAAGAAAAUAAGCUAUCGGAGAAUUACAUGGAAGAUCUUUGUGCGAAUAUCAAGGUAGGGGAUAGAUGUGAAGUUGAACCUGGGGAGAAGAGGGGAAUUGUCAAGUUUGUUGGUAGAGCCGAAGCUUUAGGGCCAGGUUUUUGGGUUGGAAUCCAAUAUGAUGAACCUCUAGGGAAACAUGAUGGCACGGUGAAAGGUAAACGCUAUUUUGACUGCCCUCCACAGCAUGGUGUUAUGCUUAGGCCAGACAAAGUCAAGGUUGGAGACUACCCUGAGAGGGAUCCUUUUGAGGAAGAUGAAGAGAUAUAAAGUGGUGGUGAACAUUCUUCAGCAUCUUCCAUUCCCUGUUACAAUUGCAACAUAAUAUUUGCAUUUGUAGGAACAAAAUUCAUGAUUUCUUUGAACUUCUUGAGUGAUGUUUUCAGUCCUCGAGUCCUUGUAUGUGUUUCCCCAGAAGAUAUCGCCAAGUGAACAAAUUAAUCUAUGAGCAAGCGAUGAUGCCGUUUCUGUUGAAGGUUACAUAGUUGUGUUGUCAUUACUAUUCCUGUGGUUGAUUUGUGGCCACUAUGAUACUUGAAAGUUGGAAAGAUCAUUGUUUCGAGUA